AUGUUUAUGAGAACCAGAAUACUGAGUCCUAUAUUGAGGACUCCAUUGAGAGCGAUGAGACCAGCUGGAUCCGUUGUUUCAUUGGCCAGAUAUCAAUCAUCAACCACUACAAGUACUACAUCAAGUAUAAGUUCAGCAAAGCCAGGUAAUCCUGAGAAGAGACCAAUGACUAUAGACAGAGAAUUACCUGACCCUUUCAAAGAUAGAACUAGAAACCGUAUCCAAUUUGUCGGGUUCUGGGUAUUGAUGUUUGUUUCGGCUGCUGUGAUGUUUAACUAUGAGAAGACAAGUUCACCUGUUGUUACAACAACAUUACAUUUCUUGAGAAGAUCUGAAAUUAUUAGAGAAGUUCUUGGUAGUGGAAUUGAUUUUGCAGACUUAUAUCCAUGGGUUAGUGGUGAAUUAAAUCAAGUUAAAGGUGCUGUUGAUAUUACAUUUGAUGUUAAAGGUUCUAAGAAUAGAGGUACCAUUAAAUUAGUUGCUAAUAGAAAUAGUAGAAAAGAAGAUUUCUUAAUUCAUGAAUGGAGUUUAGAAGUUGAUGGUAAAAAAUAUGAUCUUUUAGCUGAUAAAAGUGUUGAUUUUGCUGUUUAA